AUGGCAGAAGAGAGGCAACCUCCCAACGUCGUCGAGGGCGCCACGACCGGCGAUGUCGAGGAGGACGUCCCCGCCACGGCAGCCAAGUCGGCCGAGGACCGCAAGGCCGCCGCCGCCCUCGCGGCCCUGGACGACACCCCGCGCGGCGACGAAGAGGUCAAGAACGUCGACCAGGAAGCCGCCCGCAAGGCUAUGAACAAGCUCGGCGGCGGAGCCAAGCAGGGCGAGGCCAAGAAGGACCUCAAGAGGGUCAAGGUGGACGCCGGUGACGUUACGCUGCUGGUGGACCAACUCGAGUUGACAAAGACCAAGGCGACCGAAUUGCUUAAGCAACACGACGGAGAUGUGGUCAAGGCGAUGCGGGCGUUUAUUGCUCCCAGGUUCUGA